CCCCCCCCCAAUAAGGUCAAAGAGGAAGAAGACAAACAGAAAUUUCUAGACGUUCAAGGGCCACUUCGGAAAGAGGACCGAGCAGUUUCUUCCCUCUGCGGUCCACGAUCCACGAUCCACGAUCCUCGAUCGACGUUUCAACGCUCAGAGUCGAGUCAAAGACCGUCACUCUCGGACCCCGCCUCCAUCUGCUCAGCAAACAAUACCUCCUCGGGCGCUGUGGGACGGAAUUGGCACCCGUGAGAAGAAGCUGCGAGAAUAUGUCAUGGUGCCUUGAAUAGUGGGAGUUUCUGGGGGAGCACGGGAGUUCAUCCCUACAUCUGACGACCACAACCGGCCCCUUGCUGGGCCUUGUAUCGCCCCCCUUCGUCUAACCAACCACAUUGUCGUGUUACCAAACUCUGGGUCCCAUCAAGCUCUGUGGCGUACGUCUGGCAGCCCGGCUCUCUAUCCAGGGCUUACGCCAUUAUUGGUCCCUCUACCAUAUCCGACAAGCUCACUACAGUUGGAACCCCCCGGCUCUGUAUCGCUUUCCCCUCGACCAUAGCCGUUGCUUCAUUGCUGUAUCUCCCAAGACGCCACUUGUUACGCACUGGAUUAUCAUUUCCGAGUCCUGCUAUGCACCUUUUCUUCACAUGUCGCUCUCCGAUCUCGCCGUUCCUUCUUCCUCUCCCUCCCACGCCUCUCCUCCUGCGAAGCCGACCCAGAUAAAGUUCUAUCGUCCUGCGCAAAUGGCCCUUUUCGCCAAACUGGCAACAUAUCCUCCGCUGGCCCAGGUUACGGUUGUCCCUCCGACAAGAGACAAAUUCAACUUUACAGUCGUCCUCGAGUCCUCGAAAUCAUUGCCGGAGAGACCGUGGGAGGUAUCGAUAUGGUAUGAUCACGCGAGCUACUCUGGGACCAAGGCUCCCUGGCUUGCGCUGGAUCUGAAAUUAGUCGACACCACUCCAGCGGUCCUUUAUGACGAUAGCCAAACAGUUAAUUAUCGUUACACAUUUUCUGGAGACCUCGACAGCCCGUUCGUUUCGGCCGAAAAAACUUACAAGGGUCGCAGAGUCCCUUUUACCGUCCGCUAUCGAGUCGAUCCCAAUUCGGAAUGGUCCUGGGUCUAUCACAAUUUCGGCAUCCGUGAUGGGGAACUCAUUCUACAGCCUCCCGUCGAUCCCAACUUCCUGGGCGCAUCACCAGUCGAAGUCGGUGAAGGUUGGACUCUUAGGAAGACCCCCAGCGAUGCGCCAGAAGCGCGCCUCUACACCAUCGAGUCAGCUCAACCCAUCCCUUCAAGUCAAGGAAAUGCGAAACUCGAAUCGCUCGUCCUGGGCAGAGUGACCCAGCUCUGCCGGUGGUUUGCCUUGGUUCGCAUAUGGGAACCAUGGUUUGCUCCUCGGCAUGGCGAGCAUCAGCUGCAGCUAUCGGAACCAGCGAUAUUACUGUCGUUUCUGAGAUAUGAUGGUCUCCAUGUUGUGAUCCUGGCUAUCAAUGGAAUUGACGACGUCCUUACUCAGUUUGGGUCGACGCGCGAUGGCGAGAUCGUGGUUCAAUCGAGAAACGACUCUGGGCGGGAUCGGAAGUUCAAGGUCCUGGCGGCUUCAGCAUGGAAGUUCGAAAUCGCAAAUGCUGCCGUUAUGUAUGAGAUGCGAAAGCUGGUCCGACAGUCUGCGGUCUAUCAGCAAAACCUUGAACGACUAGAGCAGCUGCCAAAGAGCAUCAGGUCGGAAUCGCUUGACUCGGACACGGUUCUUGUUAAUCACGACAGACCCUCGUCGGAUCAACCCGCCAUCAACCCACAGUGGCUGGCAAGUUGGUACGAUAGCUUGGCGUACUGCACAUGGAACUCUCUCGGGCAGGAUCUGAAUGCUGAAAAGAUUAUGGCCGGGUUGGAUUCCCUUGCACAACACCAGAUUCAUAUCUCAACCUUGAUCAUCGACGACAACUGGCAGUCUCUCGACGGCACUCAAGGAGCCACGAACCAGUUCCAUCGAGGGUGGAAGGACUUCGAAGCGAACCCUCUGGGAUUCCCUGACGGACUCAAAUCUUCCAUAGACAAAAUCAAAGAGGCUCACCCCAAGAUACGUGACGUCGCUGUUUGGCACGCAUUGAUGGGUUAUUGGGGCGGUAUCUCUCCAGAAGGCGAUAUCGCGAAGAAGUACAAAACGCUCGAGGUCACAUUCCGUGACGGAACUCCCAUGGCUGGACGCAAGCUCACCAUCCACCCGGACGACAUCCACAGAAUGUACGACGACUUCUACCGCUUCCUGUCUAACGCUGGGGUGACUGGCGUCAAAACCGAUGUUCAGUUUUCACUUGAUCUCCUGGCGGACACAUCUGAUCGACGAUCAUUUACCAACACCUACCAGUCGGCGUGGACGCAGGCACAUCUACGCCAUCUUUCUGGAAAAGCCAUCUCGUGUAUGUCGAUGAUUCCACAAAUUCUCUUCCACAGCUUCCUUCCCACGACCACACCCAGGAUUCUCCUCCGCAACAGUGACGAUUUCUUUCCUGACGUGCCGACGUCCCAUGCCUGGCACGUCUUUGUCAAUGCGCAUAACGCCUUAUUUACACAACACCUGAAUAUACUUCCUGAUUGGGACAUGUUUCAAUCAAGUCACCCGUACAGCGGCUUCCACGCGGCGGCACGUUGUGUAUCAGGCGGACCUAUCUAUAUUACGGACACACCCGGAGAGCACGAUGUGGAUUUGAUCCAUCAGAUGACAGCUUUGAAUCCGAGAGGUCAGACGGUCAUCUUGCGUCCUAGCUGCGUUGGCAAGACCAUGGGCGUCUACGACAAGUACGACGAGAAAGGGGUUCUCAAAAUUGGCGCCUACGAUGGCAGGUCCGACGUUGGUUCGGGAAUGCUAGGUGUGUUCAAUAUUGCCGAGUCGGAAAUCAGCUUCAUCCUGCCAAUCACAAAGUUCCCUGGCGUGAAUGCCCCAGCUUCAACGGACGGAGCAACGCAAAUUUCGAGUCGGAAAUGGAUCGCCCGCUCCCACAUGUCAAAACGCAUCACCCCUCCAAUUCACCCCUCGGAUCCGAUUCGAGCAGAAAGCUUGCUUCAGUGCACGUUACCACCACGAGGGUACGACGUCUGGACGUCCCUUCCUGUGCACACAUUUCAUCUCCCAGCCUCGAACUUGGAUGUCGACGUCGCCGUGCUGGGUCUACUGGGCAAAUUCACCGGCGCGUGUGCGAUUAUGGAAUCGAGCUUCAACCAUGCUGAGGUAGACUCCGAAUCUAUUCCCCAUCGACUGAAGAUACAUGUGCAAUUGAAGGCCCUUGGCGUGCUCGGCAUUUGGAUUUCAGAUGUCGAGUCUCGGCAGCGCAAGGUGGAAGAAUUGAUGGUCAUCAUCCAAGGAAAAGCCGUGCCACAACAUGUUGUUGCGUUCAAUGCAGAACAUGGACCUGAGGGAAGUGGUAUCCUAGAGAUCGACGUUGCUUCAGCAUGGGAGGAGAUGGAACUGGAGCCUGGAUGGAGCAACGAGGUCGGCGUCGAUGUGUUUUUGCCGUGACGGGCGACCUCAUAAUGGUCUUGAGAUGAGAAGGCACCAGGACUGACUCAAGAGAAGAUUACAAUCCAGAAUUAGAAAGUCUCGGACACUGCAACGAAGCAAUCAACACGGAUCCUCUUGUCGACCUUGGAACGGACAGUUCAGCGCCAAAUCGGAGGAUUAUGCAUCACCAGUCCUUGAAAGUGUGCAGAGCGAAUUGCAGCAUAUCUGGCGGGCGUUGACACCACUUCAAUUUUUAUUCUUUCUCACGCUAUAUCUGAACCGUAUAGGGAGUGUUUUACCCACGACACUCCGCACAUUUUCGCCACAUAUUCUGAAACGGCUAGAGAGAAGCUUGCGACGGACGUGGUUUCCUUGCACGGAGAUACAAUUUGCUUCAGCUUGUACCAUGACAAAAGCGUACGACAGGAUGAUGUUAACGAAUUAAUUGGAGGAAAUGCUUUGGAGUGUCAAGGAAAAUAGAGACCCCAGCCAACAAGUUAUAUGGAAGAGAAUACGCACGCAUAUCACCACAGCUAGAGACAAGGGAAAACUGAACGUCGCAUGAUGAAACGUCGAGAAAAGAGAUACGUACCUACAUCUGCGGGGGCCAAAGGGCGCUUGGAUGAACAGCACCGUUUUCCGCCACCCACCCUGCCUCCCCGUGCGAGAAUGAAUACCGAAUAGAAUAGAUAGCACGGAAUGCCAGAGCACAGCAUUACAAUGAUUGACGGGCCGCGAGGGGAGUGGAUGGAAAGUUUCCUGUUCAAGAGAAGCCGGAUGGCUGCUUGCUGGGAGGAGAUAGAAGGAAAGAAAAAGACAAUCCGCAAUCGAAUCAAAGGCCGUCACUCAUAUCCUUGCUUGCUCCUCGAUCUCGACUCGGUCCAGGUCCAGGUCAAGGUCAAGGUCAAGGUCAAGGUCUAGAUUGACCUGUAACUACUCCGUACCUUGUAGGUACCUGGGUGCCUAGAUACCCUACCAAGGAAUCAGGGCAAUGAGUGGGAUGUUUCAGGACUGUUAUCCGGGAGGUCCUUUCGGCUCGUAGGUUUCUAGGUAUGGGGCAAAGCAGAGAAGGGAAAAGGAACCAGCAUCGUAUAUACAGUCAUGGCAAUUUGGUAUAUGUUCUAAAA